AUGCAGAGUCUCUUGGCUCUGCUGCUGGGGGCCCUGAGCUAUGUUGGUCCUAAGUCAUCAUAUGAGGUCACUCAGCCUCCUGAACUCUCAGGCCCUCUCCAUGACCCUGUCAACAUCACCUUUACAUUCUCCUUCCUCUGGAAGUUGAAGCAGAAGUCCAACACGAGGAUUUCCAGGACCCAGGAACAACUAUUUGAGCAAGUAAUCUACAACUCUAGCUUCGCACACCACCCACUUUUCUGGGGCCAGCUCUCCCUCACCUGGACGUCUGAAGAGCAGAAUGGCUUCCUUCUCAUCCAGGACCUGAGGAAGGAGGAUGAAUGUCAGUAUUAUUGCACAUUCUGGGUUUCCACAAAGCACCAUGGAGUUAAGAACGUAUCAAGCUUCUGUGGGACCAAAGUCAAGAUUACUGAGGUCCCCAAGUUUUUCUCCGACUCCCAGGCAAAUCUUGCUGUGAUCUUAUAUCUCUGCCUCAUCCAUAAAAUUGGAGUCUGUGUGAUUAUGGAAAUACUGGUGCUGCCUAAGGUCCUGGAUUAA